CCACAGAGCCGGCCGAGGCGGACAUGUUCUCCAAAAUGGCCACGUACCUGACAGGCGAGCUGACAGCUACCAGUGAAGACUAUAAACUUCUGGAAAAUAUGAACAAACUGACAAGCUUGAAGUACCUAGAAAUGAAAGGUAUUGCAGUAAACAUAAGUAGAAACCUAAAGGACUUAAACCAGAAGUAUGCAGCACUUCAGCCUUAUCUGGAUCAGAUCACUUUAAUCGAGGAGCAAGUAGCAGCUCUGGAGCAGGCUGCCUACAAGUUGGAUGCAUAUUCAAAGAAACUAGAAGCAAAGUACAAGAAGUUAGAGAGGCGAUGAACGCUUCUCCAGCACAAAGACGGACUCCAGGAAUGACUGUGAGGGGGUAUCGACUCCAUAAAGGGAAGC